AUGAAGAAACUCUUUAGCAUUGGCUUGCUUUUUGCUCUUGUUGCGAUUUGUAUUACCACCUCCAACACUGUCUAUGCGCUCGACAAACGCCAUGGUACUGCAAAGAUUGGCACCUUCGGCAAUGCGACUUUGAGCAGCACGAAUAAGCGUGAUGAAAUCACCUGGUACACUGGCCAAGACUUGAAAAAUGCUGCUUGCUAUGGUCGAGAUGGAUUGGACCCUUUCCAUGCAAAGAACACUGAUAUGAUUGGUGCUAUGGCCAUGAAGGGCCUUGAACAAUGCUACCAGUGCGUAAAGAUCACUAACAAGAAGGACAAGCACCUCUCUGUUAUCGUUCGCAUCGUCGAUAAGUGCGCUGCUUGUGAAUUGAAGACUCAUAUCGAUUUGACUGCUGGAGCAUUUAAAAUGAUAGCUCCCAAGGGUGAUCUUGAUCUCGGCGUCGUGGAUAUCACCUGGGAACCCUUGAAGAAGUGUCCCAAAUCGAAGUUGUUCCCCUUGGAUCCAAUUUUGUAA